AGAAAGCUUGCUGCUCAGCUGCUCCUAGCACUUCCAAUCAAAGUGUUUUCCAAAGAGUGCUUAAUUUUUUCCUCCAUCAUAACAGGCGCCAGUGAAAGUGUGGGAAAGCAUAUGCUUGAAGCAUGCAACAAUAAUCUGGAGAUGGCUGUCACCAUGUUUCUGGAUGGUGGAGGCAUAGCAGAGGAACCUAGCACCAGUUCUGCAGGGGUGUCUGCUGUUCGACCACACACGGAGGAUGAAGUACGAGCUCCAAUUCCUCAAAAACAGGAAAUUUUAGUAGAGCCUGAGCCCUUGUUUGGAGCUCCUAAAAGACGCAGACCUGCGCGCUCAAUAUUUGAUGGCUUUCGGGAUUUUCAGACAGAAACCAUUCGACAGGAACAGGAGCUACGAAACGGAGGGGCAGUAGAUAAGAAACUCACUACUCUAGCAGACCUCUUCAGACCUCCCAUUGAUCUGAUGCACAAAGGCAGCUUUGAAACUGCCAAGGAGUGUGGUCAGAUGCAGAACAAGUGGCUCAUGAUAAACAUUCAAAAUGUGCAAGAUUUUGCCUGUCAGUGUCUCAACCGUGAUGUUUGGAGCAAUGAGGCUGUGAAGAACAUAAUCCGGGAGCAUUUCAUUUUUUGGCAGGUAUACCAUGACAGUGAGGAAGGACAGAGGUAUAUACAGUUUUAUAAAUUAGCAGACUUCCCUUAUGUUUCCAUCCUGGAUCCCAGGACAGGUCAGAAACUAGUGGAGUGGCACCAGCUAGAUGUGACUUCUUUCUUGGACCAAGUGACUGGGUUUCUGAGUGAGCACGGGCAGCUGGAUGGCCAUUCUACCAGCCCUCCUGAAAAAUGUUCUCGUUCAGAGAGUCUCAUUGAUGCCAGUGAGGACAGCCAGUUGGAAGCUGCUAUCAGAGCCUCGUUACAGGAGACACAUUUUGAUUCCUCACAGGCCAAGCAGGAGAGUCGGUCAGAUGAGGAGUCAGAGUCAGAGCUUUUCUCUGGAAGUGAGGAGUUUAUUUCGGUUUGUGGAUCUGAGGAGGAGGAAGAAUCAGAGAAUCCUGCCAAGUUGAGGAAGUCUCCUCACAAGGACUUGGGGUAUAAAAAAGAGGAGAGCAGAAGGCCUCAGCCUGAACCCCCUGCAAGGACUGAGCCUGGGACAACAUCAAAUCACAGAGUACUGCCCUGCAUUGACGCAGGGAUACAGGAGGAGUCAACUGACAAGCCUGAAAGUAUGUUCCAGGGCCUAGAUGUAAAUG